UUCUGCAACUUUACCUUAAACAGCCAACCCUUUUAACUGCAAGACAAAUGUUUUCAACGGCUUCUUCUUUCCUCUUUAGAAUACCUGAUCUGAUAAAUCUUUUAAAUAGACCGUUUAACUAAGAUAACAUAGAACUCUAACUCGCUAGCACUUAACAGUUGCCAAAUCCAGCCAAGGAGAGCGGCAGAUUCUCGUUCUGGAAAAACUCGAUACGCAAGGAGUGCGUUUAUAGAGUGCCGUUCUGUAAUAUAGCAUUUUAGAUUUGCUCAAGCGGAUCAGACAAUUGAGCUUCGGAUAUAAAGUCCCGGGCCGCAAUUGCAAAUACGUGAGCUACAGAAGAGUCCGGCGGUCGUUUUUUUUGAGAAAUUUUAUCUACAACUCUGGACAGUCUUUUUUGGAAUGAUAGCCUUUGUGACGAAACGAUUGGAAAAUUCUGUCCUUUAUGAUGUCCUGCUUUCCCCUCUGCCUUUAGUCCAAUUAGUCCUUGUAGCUAUCUUGUUUUGCCCAGUUAGUCCAGUACUCCAGCUGCCCAACUGUGGGUCGGAUAAAACAGCGGAACUAUGGCCGAAGAUGAGGGGACAAAACCUUUUCCUUCUCAAAACGACCUCACAGGCUUCACCACAGUGGAAAAUCCGGCUCCUGGAACGAAGAUGGAUGUCUACGUUACCCGCAGUUUAACCAAUCUGGAUGAACUUCUGGGCCUUCGUCAAAACUUCAUUUAUCCCCAGGACCUGGAGUUUGUUAUGCUCGCUGACGACCGCAAGAGAAUAAAAGACGUCUUUGACUGGGCGACACAAUUGUCCAAUCCUUCCCGGUCUAUCGAUUCUACAACCAGCGAUGCCGAAAACAACGAACUAUGCCAGGAAAACAUGCCGGCUCGUAACGACUAUUUACAGCAUAUUGCCUCACCUGAGAGAAACUGUUACACGGCGUUCAGCAAUUCCGAGAUUCGUCAACUGCUGGAUUGGUGCUGUCCGGGAUGGAACGAUAUGACUUGGAAACAGCCGUGCACUGCGCCGCUAACAAAAAAACCUCUCCAGACUGCUCCCUUGGGCAUAAGGCAAGCGUUAGUUUGCACGGAGUUGUUGCGAUAUUUUUCAAAGGAGAAGCAGAAAGCGGUUUUAUUCUAUUGGCAUUCAGGUGCGUUCAUCUUUUGGCUGGUUGUUCAUGAAGAUGUCGGCGUCAUGCAACUUCCCGACUUUGAUCAAAACCAUUUUGGUCUGUUCUCAAAUUACGAGUUCUACCAAGACAUGUCCGAAACACUUCAAGGAUUGUUAAACAGAUGGAACUGGCGCACCGACUUUUUUGAACUGACGUUUGACGAGAAAACAGCCAAGAACGAAUUGACGGGCUUCGGAAUAUUUGAAGAUCUAAAGCGGUACUAUUUACCACUUGGCAGUAAAUUCGAGGAUAUCGUCUUGGAAAUAUUUACUACUCUCCUGUCCACCAGAGUUGUUCCCACUUUUUCUGUUAAGCCCUAUUCGAACUCUCAGAUAAAGCGUGGAACAGAGAAGUACAACCGGCAGGAGAAUCGUCUAAAAUUAAAGGAACAGGAUCCAAGUGUAAAAAUGAACGACCUUUUUCCAGACUGGAGCAAACUGGAAGCCAUCACUUGCUACGUAUAUCCGCCAGUGUACGUACCACAUUAUCAAGGACCAACCACGAAGCGUAUGGAGGACUACAAAACCUGGAAGACAAACUUGCAGGCGCGUAAUGAAAUAAAUCCGGUCCCAAGGUACACUAAAUACCUUGGACCAACGAAAACGCAAACAAAGAAGAACAAAGCGAAAGAAGCAAAUGCAGAGGCACAAAAUGACGAAGGAAAAGCAGAACAAACCCAGCUGGAGCAUUAUGAGGUGCAAGCAAGGGGGGCGUCCGGCGAAUAUCAUGCGUUUGACGCAUUGAAGCGAGCGUUCGCGCGCCUCAAAGAAAAAGCGUUUAUUGUAUUGCACUGGAAAUUCGAAAACUAUAACAAAGAACUGCAUAAACUCCCAGAUGUGGACAUCCUAGUUAUUCAUGCAAGCCGUGGACCGGCGCUUUUUGAAGUGAAAACGAUACAGUCUUAUGACGAAAUGAGCAACCAAGCUAAGAGGAAGAAGCUGGAUGAUAUUUCUAGAACCGGAUGCCUUAAGUCGAAUGAACUCCGGGACGCCUUUCAAACAUGUUUUCUGAUAGAGGGGCAGUACAAGUACAUAACAUCUUUUAUCUGUUUUCCGCUUCUGAAGUUUCCAUCUGAGUUUUAUACCGGUAUGGGGAUAUCAUCAUUUGCUGGAUGAAACCUGGUUUGAGAAACUGAAAAAUGAGCCAUUUCGUCUUAACGAUGUAUGGCCACCAUUGGAAGCUCAAACGGAAGCCUUUGAAAUCUACAUAAGCACAGUGAAAAAAAUAGUCCAGCCAGAAAUUUCGGGGUACUUCCAUUCUUAAGGAUUACGAAGUGUUGGAACGAGCUACUCAACUUGUCGGGCUCAUGCCGCCGCCACCGGAGGUGUUUAAAAGUCCUUCAUGUACAAAAAAGCUCCGCGGACAAAGGCCAAUAUUGUUUUUAAAUCCGGAGCAAGAGGAAGCAUGGUACGGUAGCAAACAGCAGUUGAUCUGCGGUCCCCCAGGAACCGGAAAGACCAUUCUGCUGCAGUACAAAUGCCUGGAAUUACUUCAGAAAAACGAGAACCAAAAAGCAAUUAUCCUUGCACCGCCAAAUUUAUCAAUUUUAUACAGAACAUUUUUAAAUGACCAUUUCACUGCCGCACAACGUUACUUGGUUCUGGCUGUAUCAAUGGACGAUCCUUUUUUGUGCGCUUCACGGCAGAUGAUUAACAAAUUCCUGCCCUGCCAUGUGUUUAUUGACGAAGCCCAGUUAUGCUUUUCUGGAAUGGCAAAGGAAAUGCAUCUUAUGUGGGAGUACAGCAAGCGAACGUUCGGCACAGUCCAGACGAACAAGAUACACACCGCGACAGAAGACUCACCUUCAACUUCGCAGACAGUCGCCAUGCCAAAAGAGAGUGUUUUGACAUGUGCAGGUGUUGAAGAACUGCACUUCUGGGCAGCGGUUUUGCCGGGCAACAAUACGGGAGGAUUAGAAGACACUCUGCUGUGUACGCACCUCAAAGUGUCUCUUCGAACCGCUCGAAACCUGCAGUCAUGUUUUACCCGCGGCGACAGCAGUCAGAUUUUUGACCUCAAUGUGUACGGCGAAUUGCUUGAUGGCCAGUACAUAGUCCAACCACCGGGUAAAGAUAUUACGUCCCUGCUGCGCGACUUCGUUAUGCGAUCAGUACAGCGUUUCACGCUUCUCGGAAUUGAUGAAGGUGACAUUGCGGUGAUGAGCUCGGCUUCGCUAAUUAUUACCACGAAUUUGGAGGCGCAACUUCAGCCCGAUCUGCCAAGGUUGAAAUUCUUCACCGGUGAAUAUGAUUUCGUUACACCUUCACUACAGCCUGAUCUGCCAAGCCAGAAAUCUUACGCCGGUGGACAUGAUAUCGCUGCACCUGCAUUACAUCCUCAAAACCUUACAAACACCCAUGAUACACAUUCUCUGGAAUUUCAAGCUGCUAUUGUCAUAUGCGACCCUGGCAGUCGAAACAUGGCGUAUACCACGUCUGAUGCCACGGCCCUGGCCCGAAGUCGCGGAAUUAUCGGCUUAUCCAACCUAAUGUGUUUGCCUGUUUAUGAUCAGGUGUUCAUAAAGAGACAUCAGCCUGCCGAUUCAUUAAUUUACGAAUCCGUCACCUCAUUUGGUGUCCCUUACAUACAGCACGACAACAAAAAAAAGUAUCCUUGCAUACUCCUGCUUUCAGAAACUUUCAGUGACGCAAAUGUUGUUUCUUUAAAUGAACUCGAAGUUUUGAACAACAGAAAUAAACGUUUCCACAAGAUCCGCUACGCAAAAUGCACCCAGCAGGAGAUUACCGAUGAGAUGCUGCCAGACGGUGUCCAUUUUGUUUUUGUAUUUCCAUACAAAAUCACACUUUCUCCGUACGACCUCCAGACACUGGAUACGCCGGGCAUUCAAGUGCGUUGCAUUUGUGUUGUCUUUAAUGAUACCGGGGAGUGGGAACGCACUGAUCCCUACGAGGGAAAAGUUCCGGAAUUCGAUAUUUAAGUAUGGCGCGGAAAUCGUCACACGUAUUUCGUACCAACAAUAAUCCGGAUCCAGAUUUGCGAAAUCGUAUGACGGGCUGCUCUAUUUGCUAUCUCGUUUUAGAACUACAAAUAAAGCACUGAAAGAGGGUGUAGCACACAGUUUGUUUGGUACUGGUGGUGUACCACGUAAAGCUACAGCUAUGCGUAAAAAGCGUUAUGUUUGGCACUUUGGCAGUUACAUCAAUAGCGGCCUCACUACAUUGUCAUUAUUCACCUUGUCGAAUUUACACAUCAAAUACUUUCACUUUAUUUAACAUCUAAUAAUGUACUUCACACAUGCUUAUUUCUAAUGUUGAACAUUUUAUUUAAUACUCUCAAUACUUAUUUCUGUAUCAAUAUCUGCGGUGUACCGGAAAUCCCAUAUGCAUGGAACCGGUGAAAUUGUGGUGCGGCGUGCGGUAGUAUGGGGUGUGUUACUCAUGAUUUGGGAUUUUAGUUACGAAGUAAUUAUAUUGAUGUGUGCUAAUUAGUCGGGCAAGCUUCUACAGAAGUUAAAUAGUUAUGAUGCUACAGGCGAACAGUUUUCACCUUGCGGUCCUUUCGAAGUAAUGAAGAAACUGUAGAAAUUAUGCGCGAGCGCCGUCGUCAACCCACUUAUAUUCAUUUUCGUUGCUUUAGUAAAUGAUGGUUAUCGUCGUGCAAGCUGGAAGCAAUCUUGUAUUAUACCACCCAGCUCUGAUGGCGGCAAAGAUCAGGCGAGUCCUUAAAAGUAUCAACUAAUCAUUAAUUUUUUGUUGAAUCUCCUGUCGUCAAACAUAUUCGAGCAUUGUACUGGUGACUACAUUCGGAAUUUAAAGAAUCAACAUAAAAAAUUAGAGAGCUUGAAAGCUUGCUCUGGAGAUGGUUCUGACGAUCAGCCUAAAGUUUUCUGCGUGAGUAAAUAAAAAGCGAAACUCUGAACAAAGUUUGGUUGUUAUUUCGCAACGCUGAAAGAAAAAUCGUUACUUAGAAUCUGGAUGUAAGGAACACGGCUGCCAGCAGCCUGAGUUCGAAAAUUUAAAUGGCAGAAUGCGCUGCAAUAAAGGCGCUUGAGACCUGUGUGUAAGAAAUUCAAGUGCCAAGCACGGCACAAUGGCGUUGUGCCAAUGAUUGUAUUGUGCAUCUCGAAUUCAUUCUGGCGCACCAUCGUCAAACAGUUUUCCUUGGCGUUUCACAUUGAAAUAUGGACUCAAUUGUAGGGAUAUAAUUUUUAAGUUGCUUUCGCGUUGGGUUUGUUAACCUGCUGUAUCAGCAUUGCGCUGUCGUUGACGACGUAUCGGCAAGUUGCAAAUGUGCCCGAUAACGAACAUCUGAAUGUUACCGAUCCAAAAUUCAAUCGAUUCGCUAUAUUUG